UCAGUUGUUCAACAACAGUAAACAAAUCGAAUACAACAUGAAAUUGUUCGUUAUCGCCGCUGUCUUGGCCGUUGCUGUGGCUGCUCCAUCCAGCUACAAGCCUGCAUACAAGCCACCCACCUACUCCGCACCGGCCUAUUCCAAACCAGCCUACUCUGCCCCAGCCUACCCCGCACCUGCCUACUCUGCUCCAGCAUACAAGGAUAACAAAUACGCCGACAUCACCAUCACCAGCCAAUCUGAUGAGCGCAACCUCGAUGGCAGCAGCCAAUGGAGCUACGCUGGAUCUGACUACACCACCCGCGAGGAAUCUCAGGUCCAGAAGAAGAUGCAAGGAGUCAAGUACGACUCUUACGGUAAAGCCACCUACGAGGAAGUUAUGGGCAACACCAACAAGGGAUCUUCCUACUGGGUUUCCCCUGAAGGCGAGAAAUUCACUUUGACCUGGGUCGCCGAUGAUGCCGGUUUCCAGCCAAAGGGUGACCACUUGCCCGUUGCCCCCGUCCAUAUCUACGAACUUCCAGUUGCUCCCGUCCAUGAGUACGUUCUCCCCGUUGCCCCCGUCCACGAAUACGAACUUCCCGUUGCCCCCGUCCACAUUCCCUUCAACGGAAAAGGCUACAAGAUCUAUUAAGUUAUUGAUAUUGACGUUAUUGCAAUUGUAAUUUAUUCCGAUUUAUUGUAUGCCAUAGUACUUUUAUGGUGUUGGUAUCGAUAAAUACAUGUAAAUAAAUAUACGAUGAAAAACAAA